CACAAAAAAACGUAAGUUUAAUCUUAUUUAUUUGACUUACGAAUUUCGUAAGUUAAUUUCUAAGUCGUUUUCACAAAACCACUCGUAAGUGAAAAAAAUAGACUUAAGGCAAAAUCACUUUAAUUUACACUUACGACAAAAAUCUUUUCGUAGCAACAUACUUUCGUUUUCAACGCGGCUGCGCAAACAAAUUUUCCGGUUACGCAAUCGUCUGCAAAUUCGACUUUCCAGCGGGAAAUUUAGUAUCCAAUAUGGAUAAACACAGGCGCAAGCCUAACUGGAGCACAAAUGAGUUGGAGGCGUUGGCCCAGGGAGUUUCGGCCAACAUAAAAACAAUUAGAGGAAAAUUCUCCCCGGGCCUUACAAACAGUCACAAAACGGAGUGUUGGAGAGAAAUAGUUGAAAGAGUAAACUCUGUUAAUGUCUCUGAUACAAACAGAGAUAUCAAUGACUGUAAGAAAAAAUGGCAUGACAUCUCUUGUGCAACAAAGAAGAAGGAAGCAUCAAGAAGAAAAGAGAUGAGGGCAACAGGGGGUGGUCCUGCCCCUCCUGAUGACCUCAAGGCAUGGGAGAGACUUAUUGCUGGUACUCUGUCUAAAAGUUCAGUGGAAGGAGUGGAAGGUGGAGUGGACACUUUAGAGUGUGUCAUUGCAACCCCAGUGCAGACAUCUGCAGACCCCAAUGAAACAUCUUCGAGUUGUUUUGAGUUGAUGGACAAAGACAAUGUUUCCAUAUCAGUUGUUAGUGCUGAUGCUGAUUCUAAGUUCCCUCAGAACUUGCAAGAGAGCAUAUCAAUGAUGGAAGGAGCAUCCGCAUCCACUCAGUCAUUCACUUCAUCAGAAUCAAGCUCCUCAACAACGCCAAGGCCUGUCAAGAGGAAAAAACACCAAAGCAGUGGUUGCAAGGCAGAGACAACACGAGACAUAAGAGAGGAGUUUGUCGAAAUGGAGAAAGAGAAAGAGAGAAGGCUCCAAGAAUAUAGGGAAAAGAAGCUUGGACUUCUACAAAACCUGAUGGAUCAACAGAAUGAAAUGAUUCAGCUUCAAAGAAGAUCAACAGAGGCAAUGGAGUCACUUGUUGUAAAAUUUCCAGGACAUUUAGUUUCUCCCAUGUCACCAUUUUCAGUUUCUCCAGUUAUUAAGUUCUUAUAAGGGCCCUAUAUUGAUCAGUCAGUCUGUCCAUCCGUCUUUCCGUCCGUCUCUCAAUUCUAGAUCGCUGUCCAGAGCAUAUCUUUUCUUCCCUUGACCCAAUCUGUCUCAUAGCCUCAUACUUCCCCCACAGAGUUCCUUUCGGUAAAGGGUGGGCAGUGAUCUUGAACUAUACUGAGGAAUUCCUUUGUUGUUUAAAUUAAUAUAGUUAAACUGUAUCAAAAAUGUUGUAGAAAGAUCUCUAUAUUUGUUCAAGAACCAUAAGUCGACCUAACUUGGUAUUAAUUUGGUCUGUUUAUUUUGGCAUUUCAUAUCGUUAGAUUUAGAUGCCCCCCCCC